CACACAACAUCCACGCAUGUACAGUGUGACCUUUCAGUGCAGCUGCCUGGGAAGGCUGCUCACACGGUCAUGAGCUGAGACACGACACAUCCACAGGCGAUCUAACACCGCAAACCCACCGUAAAUGGGUUUAUCACCACACCGGCCGUUACCUUCGUCGCUCCCGUUUACCUCAUCCGAUUGUUUUGGAUGGAUUAUCUCGUUCCCGUCUCACCGACAAGCCUUACUACGCCCAGUCAGCAGCAGCAGCGGCAGCCAUUGCUCGGUCAUUGACGCUGGAGGAUACUGUAAUUUGCCCCUGCAAUGGCAGUCUUUAGUCACCAGGUGCUCCUUGCAGUCACAAGAUCAAGGGGAUCUUAUUUGUUAUCCAAGAGGCACAGCUGCUCUUCUCUGUCUUCAAAAGCCUAUCUCCACAUAGACCCUCCCCGCCAUGUUUCGACUUCAUUCCCACUCAGGCACUCCCGCUACGGCUACCCCCACUGUUACCGAGGUCACGCCCUCAGCCGUGGACACAGCUCCGCCCUGCUCGCCCGCUCUCUACACAACUCAGGUGUUUGGCUCCAGGACAUAAAGCCGGAGGAUGCUAAGGCCUCACCAGCCGCAGCGCAGGAUGCUUCUCCAGGAGCUAAAAAGGACUCCGUGGUCGCUGCAUCUCAGCCCCAACCUCCGUCAGCUCCCGCUCCAACGUCCGCCGCUACCACAGCCGCCACCGUCCCUCCGGUUCAGGAGAGGGCAAUUCUGAAAAAGGCUCUGCAUCAGAGGAUUGUGGAUGAGUUGAAGCAUUACUACAACGGCUUCCGGUUACUCGGCAUUGACAUCAAGAUUGCUGGCAGGAUGGUUUGGAGGUUGCUGCAUGGACAACUGCUCACACGCAGGGAGAGAAGAAGGCUGAUGAGGACCUGUGCUGACCUCUUCCGCCUGGUGCCCUUCAUGGUGUUUAUCAUCGUUCCUUUCAUGGAGUUCCUCCUUCCGGUCUUCCUCAAACUCUUCCCAGAGAUGUUGCCCUCCACCUUCGAGACAGAGUCCAAAAAGGAGGAGAAGCAGAAGAAGGGUCUAGCUGCAAAGUUGGAACUGGCCAAGUUUCUCCAAGAGACCAUCGCUGAAAUGGCCCGAAGGAAUAAAGCAAAAGUUCAGACUGAGGAUGAGACGCAGCGCUUUUCCACAUAUGUUCAGCAGGUUCGGGUGACGGGGGAGCAGCCGACCACGAAGGACAUCGUCCGGUUUUCGAAGCUUUUUGAGGACGAGCUGACGCUGGAGCACCUGGAGCGCCCUCAGCUGGUGGCUCUGUGCAAACUGCUGGAGCUGCAGCCCAUCGGCACCAACAACUUGCUGCGUUUUCAGCUGAUGAUGCAACUCAGAACGAUCAAGUCAGACGAUGAGAUGAUUGCAGCAGAGGGUGUACCAGCCAUGAGUGUGUCAGAGUUGCAGGCGGCGUGUCGUAGUCGUGGGAUGAGGUCUUUGGGUCUCACCACCGAUCAGCUCCGUCAGCAGCUGCAGCAGUGGCUGGACCUGCACCUGAAGGAGAACGUUCCUCCAUCGCUGCUGCUGCUCUCCAGAGCCAUGUACCUGACAGACCUCAAACCAAAACCCCCCGUCAUCCCCCCUGUUCCCAAACUAGAGAAGACUGCUGCUCCUCCCCCAGUAGAAAACCCCGGAGCAAACACACCCUCGGUCAGUACUGACAUGUUGGCAGACCCAGCUCUCGUCAUCAAAGACAGACCGGUUGAGGAGAUGAGAGACAAGGCUCCUCUGGUGUCGGACAAACCUCUGACUCCUGCUGAAGUCCUUCAGGCUAAAGCAGCAACAGAGGUGGCCCAGAAGAGCAAGAUGAGUGCCAACGGUGUUUAAAGAGGAGCAGGAUCCUCUGAGCUGAAGGGAGAUGGAGUCACGAAACCCCGUGACCUCAUGGGUCGAGGAGCGACAGAUGACACCCCACUGAUGGUCUACAUUUCAGUAACCAUCAGUAAAAGCUCUUCGUCCAACCUGUCCUUGGACCAGCAUCUAAGGAGUCUUUCUCCCUCCUCGUCUCUCUCCGUUACCUCCCAGGGAAGCUCUGCUGCCGGUUUCUUACCCUCUCCGUUCACAUUUCUGCACUCCGUUCUCUGUAGUUCUGAUUUUUCACUGGACUGGCAGACCGGCGGUGUUGUGGUUUCUUUGAACUAACAAACCGCCCACAGCAGUUCCUGUUUAACUGUCUGUCUGCAGGUUUCUCUCAACAGUCUGGACGUUCUCCUCCUCCUCUUCCUCCUCCUUGUGUAAAUUUGUAAAUAUCAUGUAUAUUAUUUGUCUGUCUUACAUCACAGAAGCAGCAGCUUUGUACAGUUUGCUAUUCGCAGGCCAGGCUUUUCUCUCUUAGCAGUUUUACCUAGUUUUAUUUGUAGACGUUUUUAACUCAUGUUCAGAGAGAAGAUAUCGGUUUUUCUGAAAUAUUUUUGCUAAACUUAUUGGUUCGGACACUGCCCCAACCUCGUUUUUGCUCAUUAAGCUUGACUGCACUGACGUGCCGAAGCAGACAUCAGAAGCUGGCAUGAUCCAGACCUGCUAUUAAAUAAAAUGUAUAUGUAGAAAUUUAAUUAUUUGUCUGCUGGCAGAACGGCAGAUUUGGACUGGCUCUGUUUCUCAGCAGAGUUACUGUAGUUUACUGCUGCUGUAAUUAGCAGAUGAAGACUGGUACAUUUUGAAGAGCAGGUCUACUCCUUAAAUCCAGAGGAGGCUGGUAAAUUUUAUUGCCCUCCACUGGUUAAGCCACUGAAAGGACAAUCUGUUAAAAUAAAAAAUAAAAAAAAGAAGCAGCAGAUUUUUAUUUGCAUAUAUGGUAUAUGUACUGUGCUUUAACACUAUGAUGCUAAAAUGUCUUUAAACUGAAAACAGAAAGUACAUGAUGUUGUCAAUAUAAAUAUGCUAUUAAUAUGGCAGGAGAAGUUUAAAUCCUGAAGCCACAAAUGAGAUUGUUAUUUUUGGUAUUGUGGCAAUAAAAGAAGUAAAUAUAUAGCGUUAAGACUCACCCGACUUCAUUAAGCCCCAUAAAUAUAAUCUUAAAAGUAAUUAUUGGAAGGUUUAGCACAUAAAUACAGUUUUGCGUGCGUUUGAAAAUACUUCACAUUUUGUAAUCCUCCAUGUUUAUUUUUCCUCAUUGCUGUUUAUCCAUCGACACCUACCAGAGGUGGAUGCCACAAACGAAAAAGAGAACGCUUUCAAGCCAAAUGAUUUCUGUUGGCGAUUUGUGUUCUUGGUUUUACAUAUGUGCCUAAGGUUGAAGGGCGAUUGUUUGCGUUUUACAUCAGAAGACAGAUUUCCUGAACUCCACAUUGAUACUUUUGAAUUCAACAAUUACCUCGGUGUGUCUAAAACACCCAGUUGCACCUUUUCUCUCUCGUGGAAUGUCUCCUUUUCCCUUUCCCAUUUGACCCAAAUAAAUCCUUUCAUUACAGUCAGCAGUGUUGAUACCGAUGGAAACGCAUCUUCAAUCGGCUCUCCCCUUGUGGUGUGAAGGUCAAGAAAAACGGUUUUAAAAAAAGAAUCAGAAUAGUUGUUUUGUCAUCUCUGGUUAGAGCUCUGCAGCCAUAUUUUUAAAAAAAACAAUUCCCUUUAAGUUUUGAUGUGAAAUGAUUUCUGGAAAAUUUAUUCUUUUUUUUUUUUUUUUUUUUUUAAAGAAAGAUCUUUGCUUUAUAGGAGUGACUUUUUUCCUCCCUGAUUGAAAGUUUUGGGCCUGUUUCCUCUGACCUUUUACCGCUGACCACACUCUGUAUCCCAGCUAGUUGUGAUUAAAAAUGUGCUCCUUUGCACGUGUGACCUUGUUCAACACGGAUGUCAGAAAUACAUCUACAGAUCCAGUGCAGGUCAGUGGUGAGGAUGUGGUCACUCUUUAACAGCACACAGAAAAGUGUCUUGUUGAGUUGAUGAGCUGGAAGGUGUUCUGACUUGAUGACUGGUAUGUUAUGAUUAAAAGAUCGCACAGCAUUUAAACACCGAACCGGACUGAAAAAUAUUUCUGUCUGUUACCUAUGACUGCCGUGUCUGUCUUGAAGCUACUACUACCUGCUGCCAUCACAGUCAGUUUGUUUCUCCAUUGAAAAUUGCACUGCUGUCCAGCUAGUUGUUGCCCUGCGUUAAAAUUCAUGCAUCACUCUGGAAAUGCAAAUGAGUUUUGGGGUGAUGGAAAAACAGGAAUUCACACAUUAAAAUCAUGGAACCCUUUACAA